AUGACUUCGGGGCCACUUAUAACAGAAGUAGUUCUAACAUUUUGCCUAGCCGCCUUUAUACUUUAUAAGUAUGGCGAUUGGAAAAGGCAGAACAUACUUGUUACAUUUGGUGUAUUGAUUGCUUGGUAUUUUUCCUUUUUGAUUAUAUUUGUGCUUCCGCUGGAUGUUUCAUCAACAGUUUAUCGACAAUGCAUCAAUUUACACAAUGAAACUCAAAAUAAUUCAUGCAAAGUACCAUGGAGUCAUGUCCCUGAUAACGUGCUUCCAAAUUUAUGGCGUGUUGUUUAUUGGAGUUCACAGGUUUUGACUUGGCUCCUUCUGCCGUUGAUGCAAUCAUAUGCUAAAGCUGGCGAAUUCACUGUCAAAGGAAAGUUAAAAUCUGCAUUGGUUGACAAUGCUAUAUACUAUGGAUCUUAUCUUUUCAUUUGUGGAGUUUUGCUAAUUUAUAUUGCUGUCAAGCCAGGCCUUCAUUUGGAUGGGCAAAAGCUUAAAGCAAUUGCUUCUUCAGCUUCUAAUACUUGGGGACUUUUACUGUUAGUGGGUCUUCUGGGAUAUGCCUUAGUUGACAUACCACGGUCUUUUUGGCUAUCUGCUACACCAGGUCAUAGAUUGCAGUUGGCCUAUUUUAAAAUCGCCAAAGUUUCUGCCGACAAAUGUGAAGCUGAAGAAACUUUAGAAGACAUUUUAGAGUCUAUCCAGUCUAUGAAAUCGUGUGUAACCCAUGGCGACCCUUUGUAUUAUGAAAUGAAAACUGUUAUUGAUAAGGUGCCAAGGGAUCUCAACAUCAGAAAUAAAGUACAAUCAGCAGGUGCUCAUGCUGAUUCCAUGGUCUCACCGACACUAAAAUCUCUUGUUAGAAUUCACCAACAGUUGAUCAGAGCACUGCACACUUCCAAGCGAACCGCAACUCAAUGGAAAUUGGCAAUGGAAAAAGUUGUUCUUUUGGAAGAUGUUCAAAGGAACAGAAAUUCGAGGGAUCAUAUGUUCAAACACACUUUUCCUAAUACUAAGCCUCUCAUAUCUCCCACUAUAGAAUGGUACUGGAGAUGUAUAAUCGAAGAUUAUAUCUAUCGAGGUUUCGGCAUUAUCUGUGCAAUCCUUUCUACUGCUGUUGUGUGGUCUGAGCUGACAUUCUUUAAUGAAUCUCCAGUUCUUUCUCUUUUUGCUUUGUUCAUAAGUGGAUUCGGAGACAAAUAUGAUUAUUUUUCCAUUGAGUUACUUUCUACAAUUAUCAUAGCUUAUCUAUGUUUUUGUGCCUACUCAACAGUCUUGAAAAUCAGAGUGCUUAACUACUAUUACCUUGCACCUCACCAUCAGACUGAUGAGCAGAGUCUUAUUUUUUCGGGAAUAAUGUUGUGCCGAUUGACACCUCCAAUGUGUCUUAACUUUCUCGGGCUGAUCCAUAUGGACAGUCACAUCAUAAAGCAUCAACUGAUGGAAACAUAUUAUACCCAAGUAAUGGGACACAUGGAAGUUGUUUCUAUCAUUUCUGAUGGUUUCAAUAUUUAUUUUCCUAUGGUCGUGUUAGCCUUCUGCCUUGCCACUUAUUUCAGCCUCGGUUCAAGACUUCUUUCAUUUAUUGGUUUUCAACAAUUUUUGGAUGAUGAUGAAUUAACAACUGAGCUUAUCGAGGAAGGACGAGAACUUGUCAACAGAGAAAAAAGAAGAAGGCAAAGAUCAGAAGAAACAGCUGAAAGAAGGAGAGAAUAUAUUGAAAGAUUCGGUAUAGGGAAACAAAAUAUCUCUGUUCCUGCUGAACCUGUUAUAAAUUCUGGUUUGACACGUGACAGCACUUCUCGAUCUAAUUUAUUAGCAGCAGCAGAACCAAUAGCAGAUUAUCAAACUGAUUACAGGCAGCAGCCACCAAGAAAUCUUUUUGAUGAUAUAUAA